CAUGUGUCGGAGAAUGAUUUUGCUAAUUAGGAGCCAUAUGAAGUAAAAGUCCGCCAUAUUCAGAUCACCACGCCCGGACUCGGUUCUCAGGGUAACAGGCCCCACUACCUCAUCCAACUAGUGAACUGUUUCCAAAAGUUAUGACUCUGGCUUCUGUGGGGGCCUGCUGCCUCGGCGAGGAGGCGAAGGAAGCACGUAGGAUCAAUUAUGAGAUUGAAAGGCAGCUCCGCCGGGACAAGAAGGACUCCCGAAGGGAAUUCAAACUCCUCUUGCUGGGGACUGGCGAGAGUGGGAAGAGCACAUUCAUCAAACAGAUGCGGAUCAUCCACGGCUCUGGGUACACGGAGGAAGACAAGAGGAGCUACACCCGGCUGGUCUACCAGAACAUCUUCACGGCCAUGCAGACGAUGAUCCACGCCAUGAGCGCACUCCAGAUCCCGUACAAGUACCAGCACAAUGAGGGCCAUGCCAUGGCUGUCUGCAUGGUGGAUGUGGAAAAGGUCUCAACGUUUAACCAUCCAUACGUGGAAGCCAUCAAGAGCCUGUGGAGCGACCAGGGCAUUCUUGAGUGUUACGGACGAAAGAGGGAAUACCAGCUUUCAGACUCCACCAAAUACUAUCUGAAUGCAUUGGAUCGUAUCGCGGACGCGGGCUAUGUGCCGACCCAGCAGGACAUACUCCGGGUCAGAGUGCCCACCACGGGUAUAAUAGAGUACCCCUUUGACCUGCAGGAUGUGGUUUUCAGAAUGGUGGAUGUUGGCGGCCAGCGUUCGGAGAGGAGGAAGUGGAUCCAUUGUUUUGAGAAGGUCACCUCCAUCAUGUUCCUGGUGGCCCUCAGCGAGUACGACCAGGUCCUGGUGGAAUCGGACAACGUGAAUCGAAUGGAGGAGAGCAAAGCCUUAUUUCAGACGAUAAUAACCUACCAGUGGUUCAAGAACUCAUCAGUCAUCCUGUUCCUGAAUAAGAUUGAUCUGCUUGAGGAGAAAAUCCUCUUCUCUCAUUUGGUCGACUACUUCCCUGAAUAUGACGGCCCACCACGAGACAUCAUGGCAGGGAGGGACUUCAUCCUGAAGAUGUUUGAGAACCUGAACCCAGAGCCCUCCAAAAUCAUCUACUCCCACUUCACCUGCGCCACGGACACGGAUAACAUUCGCUUUGUCUUCCACGCGGUCAAAGACUACAUCCUGCAGAAGAACCUGGAGGAGUACAAUCUAGUGUGAGCUUGGGGGGGUGGGGGGGGGAAGAGAGUUGACUUACUCUACUGCUAACUUUAAUAAGUAGAAUAUGGCCACCAGUGACGGGAGGAACUCACAGCAUAACCUGGCCCAGUGACUGCACCGCCCCGCCUCUCCCCUGGUCUCUGAUGAAGUCGACUCUGAUGAAGAAGUAUAUCCUAAUAAUCAUUCAGUAUGGUCCCUCUUACUGGGGACAUAGGUACGGUGCACUGUGACCCACAAAGUCCUUUUUAGAGGGAGAGAAUUCCAGUGUACGACUUUAUAAAUGAACACUAGAACAAAUAUAUAUAUAUAUAUGUAUAUAUGUAUAUAUGUAUAUAUAUAUAUAUAUAUAUAUAUAUAUAUAUAUAUAUAUAUAUAAUUGUUCUUUUUAUUAUUUUGCGAACAGGUUGCACACAUCCAAAAUGUAACCCCAGUACGUAGAUUUAACUGCUGUGCAGCGCCACACACCGCUAACCUAAGUUGGUUACGUUUAUUUUUGUAUCUUUGGGUAUAUUUAAAUGAUUUAAUUUUUCUAUUUGUGGAGUUAUUAUUGCUUAUAACACAUUCACUUGCGUACAGGUAUUGAUUUGCACAUUGUACACAUUUUUUAUUUUGUUUUUACUGUUGGUUUUUGUGCUGCAUUAUAUGUGUUACUUUUACUGUUGGAUAUCAGAUUUGAUGAAUUUAUUUUUACUUUACUUCAAAGUAUUUCGCCGAUGCAUUGUGAAAACAGUAAGCUCAACCCAUGAGUAUUUAAGUUAUAAUAAUUAUCACUGAUUGUAUUGCCAAGUAUAAUCUUUACAAAGUAAUUUCUUUUUAAAAGCAGGAUUGUAAUUCCAGUCUAAAAACAUAUCUAAAGCUAAAAUGAUCGAUGUCGCCGCAUGACACUGUUCUUAUAUUGUCGUUUGAAACAGUACAUACCAAUAAUAUCUUGUGCCUUUUAAAUAUGUAUAAUUCCUGAGUGUUGGAAGGAACUGAAGAUAAAGCUGACUUUUAUUGUGUAAUCAUAAAUAAGGCGGCGAAUGGUGAAAAAGGGAAUGAAUAAAGUCAAAUCUAAAUGUUUUUAGUACUACGUGGCCUUUGUUACAUGGCAAGUGUCAUAUUUGUUUAAGUAAUACACCUUUUAAAUAAAAAAUGGGUAUAUUUCAAUUUUGAUUCAAAUGUUU